ACUUGAAAGAAAGCAAGCAAGCAGUAAACUUGUGGCGGUGUUAUCCGUUGGCUAUUAAUUCCCUAUUUCUUCCAUUCUAUUCAUUCUUUUCAUCCAAGUUAUCAAACUUACAAAUAAUUCUUCAUUGAUUUGGUUAAUUCUCCAGUUUUUUUGGGUUUACAGUUCACAAUUAUUGAGAUUCCAUUCUACAAUGUGCUUUUUUGUUCUUCUAAGCAAGUAUUGAUUCGUUUUGAUUUUUUUUUUUUCAUUGUGAAUAUUCUCUUCUUUUCUUAGCUACCUUGAAUUUGUAUUCAAUAAGAAUCAAAUUCUCUACGGAAAUUGAUCGAACACUUGUUAGAUUCGAAUAAUUUUUAGUUACUUGUUCGGAUUAUUCUGCAAUGGAGAACUUUGUGAAGCCUCAGUUCUUCUCCUUUCUGCGUGAGGAAGCAGCAGCAGCAGUUCAACGGUACUCACCGCAUCACAAGUUUAUGGCUCAUUCAGGAUUUGGAAAUCAAUUUACCGAAUCUACAAGCUCAAGCGCCGAUGACGUGCAAGAUCCAGAAGUUUCCGAUUCCGAGAGUUCGGUUGUUGGUUCGGUACAUGAAGAGAGAAGUUCUGGUUUGAUGAGAAUUGAUGAAGGCGAUAAGAUAUAUGGUAUUAUAAUUAACAAGUUGCUAUCGGGUUUGGGUUGUUUUGGAUUAUCGACGGAAAUUACGGCAAUUCAUAAGGAGACUUGCUCUAGUUUUAUCAAGCAAGCGAAGCUUCAAUCGUUUCUUAUUUUCUCUAAAGCGGUGGAGAAGAAGUGCGGUGGGAAUGCUAAUGUGAAGUAUGCUUGGUUUGGAGCUUCGAAAGAUGAGAUUAACAAUACAUUUUCACAUGGAUUUUCUCAUUCAUCAAACAAUGGAGCUUACUCUCAAGCCAUAUGCCUUUCUCCGGAUGAUAAUUCACACGAUUGUCUGCAAGCUGCUGUUCCUGAUAAAAAUGGAGUAAGGCAUCUAUUGCUUUGUCGUGUGAUACUGGGAAAAACUGAAGUUGUUCAUCUUGGAUCAGGACAGUGCCAUCCGAGUUCUGAGGAAUAUGAUACAGGGGUUGAUAAUUUAUCUUCUCCUAGAAAGUAUAUCGUGUGGAGUACUCACAUGAACAGUUACGUUUUCCCAGAAUUUAUGGUCAGUUUCAGAGUCAGCUCACAUGCUAAAGAGUCUCAAAGGAAUACAGUUCCUGUUCAGAAUCCAAAAUCACCUUGGAUUACAUUUCCUGCACUGAUUUCUGCUCUAUCGAAAUUCUUGCCGCCUCAGACUGUCAAAUUGAUUACGAAAUAUCAUAAUGAUCAUAAGGGGAGAAAGAUCACAAGACGAGACUUGAUUCAGCAAGUGAGGAAACUAGCAGGGGACGAGUUGUUGACUGCAAUCAUCAAGUCCUGCAAGAAUAAGCAGCAAAGCAAAGGAUCAACUGGAAACUCAUCCAGCACAAGCUCAAUUAACUUUGAGCAACGAGAUGGAAGAUGCUGUGCUUGCCACAAGAGUUGUUGAACAAUUUUCUUGAAGAAUAUUGGACAUAAGCAGAGAGAAUGAAAUGAUGAAUGUCGAUAUCCACUAACCAAGCCAAAUGUGACACAAGGAGGGACUAGCUGCUGCUGUUGAUUCAUGGGAUGAAAAUGCUAUCUUCUAACAAAUUAGUCUCAGUUUAAUUCCCCUCUAACCUGUAUCUCUUCACACUUAAUAUUUUUAUUUUUUUUGCUUCGUAACCC